AUGAGGAGUGCUCUCAAAAGAUCCCAUGGCGAAGACUCGUCCUCUUCCCCGUCAUCCAAGAUCGGUUCAAGUAAAACUCGCCGCCACCACCACCACCACUAUCACCGCAGUAUCUCCCCGGCCUCCGAUUUUCCGGCGAACUAUCACCACCCCCCACCUCGCAAUCCACAUCGUGAGUUUACAGGUAAGCGCUUGAAUUUCAUUUCCUAUACCGAAAUACCCUCCUUGCCCCCGAAGCUCAAAGUCCUGUGCCAAAUCGUGGCCGAAACUCCCAGCGCCACUGUGGAGAGGGUCCUCGAGGACACCGGGAUUAGGGUUUCCGAAGCUGACGUCGAGGAGGUCCUCAAACUUUCGUACAGACACCCGGGCCCGGCGGUGAAGUUUUUCCGGUGGUCCAGCUUGCAGCUUAACGGCAGAAACAGCGAGUACGCCUGGAACCUGGUCGUGGACCUGUUGGGAAAAAACUCUUUGUAUGACGCAAUGUGGGAUGCUAUUCGGUCCAUGGCAAAGGAAAUGCUGCUCUCGCUAUCGACAUUCUCCUCAGUUUUCAGCAGCUACGUGAUGGACAGCCGUGUGCGGGACGCCAUCAUGAGUUUCGAGUCCAUGGACCGAUACGGAAUUCCCAGGGAUGUCCUGGCUUUGAAUUCCUUGUUGGACGCCAUUUGCAAGGAUGGAAAAACCUGGGAGGCCACGGACUAUAUGUUAUUUGCCAAGCAGAAAAUCAGGGUCAAUGGAGACACAUACGCAAUUUUGCUCAAGGGUUGGGAAAAAGAGGGUAAUGUGAAUCGAGCUAGAGACACUUUCUCGGAUAUGGUGGUGGAUGUUGGUUGGGACUCGAAUAAUGUUCCCGCUUACGACUCGUUCUUGUGUACACUCCUCACAGGUCCAGAUGGGACGCGUGAGGUGCUGAAAUUUCUCGACACCAUGAGGGACAGAGGCUGUUACCCUGGAAAAGGGUUUUUCAAAUUAGCGAUUGACGAGUGUGUUAGGAAAAGCGACUCAAAAUGUGCCAGGGCAGUUUGGGAGAUCAUGGUCGGGAAGAAAAUCUACCUCCCGGACAUAAAAACCUAUAAGUCGUUGAUUUCCUUGUACUGUAACGUGAAGGAUUUCGACUCAGCUGAGAGGCUACUUGACGAGAUGGUCUACAAUGGGGCGUUUCCCGAUUCGGAAACUUACAGGCUUAUGUUCCAUUUUCUAAUCAAGCACCGGCGACUGAGGGAGGCAACCCCUCUGUUCAAGGAGAUGCUGAAAAAUGAGUUUGUGCCCUUACAGGAGGACUGCAUUGUGGCGGUCAAGGAGUAUGUGGAUGCAAAGGACCCGUAUAUGGGGAUCAAGGUGUGGAGGUGUAUGGUCGAGAACUACCAUUCGGAUUUGGAAGAGACGGGUAAUCUUUUGGUGGUGGGCCUUCGGGAAAUGAAUAGAGUUCCCGAGGCGGUUAAGUGCGCGGAGGAUAUGAUUGAGCGUGGGAUCAAGCUGAACUCAUCCACGCUCUCUAAGCUGAAGCAGAGCCUGUCGAAGGCGGGUAAGGCGUUUGCGUAUGAGGAGCUUUUACAUAAGUGGAAGGGUCACUAUUGA